AUGGGCGGGGGCAACCGCAUGAUCGGAGAUGUUGACAGGACGUGGGCAGGGCGGCGGCCGGCGACGCGCUGGCAGGAUGCAGGGACUGGUCCAGAUGCAGCGGUGGUCCAAAGGUUCGAGGCGGCCAUGCACCGCCGAGGAGAGGACGAACAGGCUGGGGCUGCCGUCGGCGGUAAACGGGAGGAAUGGCGGCGGCGGCGGAAGGACGAGGAAGUAGAAGCAGGCGCGGAGGCGGCAGAGGACCGCAUCUCGGAGCUGCCGGAGGCGCUGCGGCUGCACGUCCUCUGCCUGCUCCCGCUCAAAUCCGCCAUCCGCACGGGCGCGCUCUCCACCCGGUGGCGCUCCCUCUGGACGCACCGCUGGCCGGCGCCCUCCUCCCUCGACUUCCGCCUCGGCAUCGGCGACUCCCCGCACCCGCUCCUCGAAACCCUAGAGCGGCGCGGGUGGCGGCGCCUCCAGCGGUUCGCCCUCUCCUUCGGCAUCGGCGCGUUCAAGGCCGAGCACUUCCGCCGCUGCCUCGACCUCGCCAUCGCCUGCGCCGUCGAGGACCUGCACGUCCACCGCGUGCACCACUUCUUCGCCCGCUUCUACAAGUUCCGGCUCCCGCUGGGUGACCCCCACCUCGCCCGCCUCUCGUUCCGCUACAUCAGCGUCGACCUCCCCGACUCCUUCUCCGCCCGCUCCCACCGGUUCACCGCUCUCGAGGUCAUCCACCUCCGCUGCGUCCACAUCUCCGACGACACAGUCAGCAGCCUGGUCGCCGCGUGCCCCCUCCUCCACACCCUCGAUUUGCGCUACUGCGAAGGCCUCGACUCCGUCAGCGUCGCGGCGGCCGGGGCGCACCUGAGUAGCCUCACCGUUGCAGAGUGCGAUCCGUGCACCGACGUUGUUUUGGCCGAUGAGGCAUCCGGUCUGCGCUCAUUCCGCUACAGCGGUGCCUACAUGCCCGCCUACAGCAUCCCGGCCACCAUCACUAGUCUUGCUGACCUUUACAUCUGCUUCGGAGCAUCUAACCGCCGGCGACGCUUGUCAGGCACCAGAAUCCGGUUUUAUGGACAGGAGGCUCACGCUUGCGAGCUGCGCAGAAACUGGCUUCAACUACUAACCAGUCUGUCCAACCUCACCGUGCUUACCCUCUGCAGCAGUAUCCUACGGAGACUGUCUGCCAAAGCUCGUGCCAGAUUAGCUGCCACAGGCGCUGCACCAUGCAAAUUGCUGAAUUUGAGAGAGCUUCAGCUACUGAUGUUCGAAGUGGAGAUCAACAACAUGAACGACAUUUACUCUUUCCUUGUGGCAUGCUGUGGCCCUCGUUUGGAGAGGCUAUUUGUGCAGCUUCCGACAAUCAAUUAUCCAUAUGAGCCAGAGGAUGAACCAUCAGGAUCAGAGUCAGAGGAAUUUGGAUCAAUGGGAGAGCUAUCAUACCAAGAGGCACAUGGGGAAGGUGAGCUGGAUGACGACUUGUCAGAAGGAGAAGCAACAGAGAAAGAUGGGCUAGAGGAACAGCUGUCAGAGGGAGAUGCCCUGGAGGAAGAUGAGAUAGAGGAAGAGUUGUCAGAGGGAGAAGAACUAGAGGAAGAGCUUUCAGAGGGAAAUGAACUAGUGGAAGAGUUGUCAGGGGGAGAGCCACCUGAGGAAAAGCAAUCACAGAAACAGGGGUCAAUGGAAGAGCAAUCUGAUGGAGGGCAAUCAGAGGAAGAGACACUAGAGCACGGCGAUGUCUUUGAGAACCUUAUGUUGCUCAAAAUGAUGAAUUUCAUGGGACGCGACAAUGAGAUGCAGCUAGUAAGCCUUGUGUUGAAGAAGGCUACUAGUCUCAAGCAACUGAUACUAUUUACUCCCAAGAUUAAUCACCCAGAAGAGCUCCACAAGGAUCAUAUGAAUACUUCCCAUUUGCUUGAAAGAAAACUAUUUUCUCUCAGAAGGGCCUCGCCAAAUGCUCAGAUAGUUCUCAGCGAGCCUGAUGAUAGUGCAGUCCAGCCGUUGCAUGAGGCUUUAGUCAAGAUUUACUGAUUUUUGUUGUUGUGGAGUUAUGAUCGGAUAAUGUGAAAUAUCAGAAACUAGCAACCAUUAGGUAAGACAAAGAACAAGCUAAUCUGCAAGGUAGGCAGGAUGCUGUGUUCUCUAGUCCAUGAAGGAUCAUGGAGUAUGUUGUCUGGGCCUUAUAUCCUUAGAUCCUUAAGACUAUAAAAAAUACCAUGAUUACCCAGUAUCUACAUUGGCCUGUUGCCUUGUUGUUGGAUAAGAAAGUCCUGCAAAAACACUGUAGAAAGCUGAGACUUGUUACGCUCUAUCUUUGUGCUCGUCAAUUCGCAUUAGUACCGCAGUAGUUCAAUCAGUUGGUACGAGUGUUGCAUUUGUUUUUCAUUUGUCAUUAUUGCCAUCUUUAUUACUGAUUAAAGUUCUUUUCCUGGUAUCAAGAGAAGAACAUAAACAUGUACAGUUAUAUGGAGUUUCAACAGGCAUCAAUCCUGGAAACUGUACCCUAAUGGUGUUAGCUGAGGCCAAAUUAUGUACUACCUAGAAUCAGAGGAAAAUGGGUCAAUGCAAGAGUUAUCAUAGGAAGAGGUACCGGAGGAAGAUGAGCUGGGUGAAGACUUGUCAGAAGGAGCAGAACUGGAGAAAGAUACGCUAGAGGAAGAGCGCAGAUGCUCUGGAGGAAGAUGAGCUAGAGGAAGAGCUGACAGAGGGAGAUGAACUAGAGGGAGCUGUCAGAGGGAAAUGAACUAGAGGAGUUGUCAGGGGGGGAGCCUCCUGAGGAAAAGCAAUUACAGAAACAGGGGUUAGAGGAACAGGGGUCAAUGGAAGAGCUAUUUGAUAGAGGGCAAUCAGAGGGAGAGACACUAGAGGAUCACGAUGGCUUUGAGAACUUUAUGUUGCUCAAUAUGAUGAAUUUCAUGGGGCGCGACAAUGAGAUGCAGCUGUAAGCCUUGUGGUGAAAAGGUCUACUAGUCUCAAGCAACUGACACUAUUUACUCUCAAGAUUAAUCACCUAGAAGAGCUCCAGAAGGAACAUACGAAUACUUGCCAUUUUCUUGAAAGAAAACACUAUGGUCUCUCAGAAAGGCCUCACCAAAUGCUCACAUAGUUCUCGGCGAGCCUGAUGAUAGUGCAAUCCAGCCGUUGCAAGAGGCUUUCGUCAAGAUUUACUGAUUUUUUGUUGUCGUGGAGUUAUGAUCGGAUAAUGUGAAAUAUCAGAAACUGGCAAUCAUUAGGUAAGACAAAGAACAAGCUAAUCUGCAAGGUAGGCGGGAUGCUAUGUUCUGCAGUCCAUGAAGGAUCAUGGAGUAUGUCGUCUGUGCCUUCUAUUUUGCGGGUUAACUCUUUAAGACUCUUAUAAAAAAUAUCAUGAUUACCCAGUGUCUACACUAGCCUGUUGCCUUGUUGGUGGACAAGAAAGUCUUACAAAAACAAUUUAGAAGGCUGAGACUUAUUGUGCUC